AUCACCAAAUCCUGCACAUUCGAGACCGAAUCUACAAUGUGUAGAGAGCUUGUUACCGCGUGGUCGUAAGUGUGUUGUCUUCAGUCACCACCAUAUAUCAUUUGCCAGGAGGUACGCCUUUCUCUGAAAGAUCAGAUGCUUCGGAGCCCACGAGACUGGCCACUGGUUAAUAAUGCACCUUGAGGGGAUGUCUGAGGUACGGCCAGUGAUUGCGACACACCAGCCUCGUCUCCAGUAGCAUAAGGCAUUCUGUGCUUCUUAGCAUAGUGAAAAGGUGCAGUGGCCUGGCAGCGAGCUAUCUGAGACAUUACGGCAGAUGAACGACAAGAGGGUGCUCAAAAUGUCAGAACAAGAUCGGCUUGCCUUCUCAGAGCAGCGCUUCAAAGAGCUACCCAAAUUCUCUUCCGAGAUGGACAUUGAGAGCAUCCCACCACCACAUCUAUCGUUCCACAAAGAGUGGGAAGAGUGUCUGGAAGACGCUGCUGGCAUCUGGAACUCAAUGGGCAUCCAGGAUGAUAAUCCUCCAAGCUUUUCCUGCUAUGCUGCCCUCAUGCGAGAUCCUGACUACGUCUUCAUGUGCACCCUGCGCAUUCGCAUCGACCUCGAGAACGCUAACAAUGGCUACGCCGUCUGGUUGUGUUUCGUGUUGCCGCCAACGGUUCCGUGUCAAGCUUGUACAAAGACCUACAAACUCUUCAGAUUUGAGUACAUACUCCAGAUCGGCUUGCAACGACUGACCCAAGAGAAGGCCAAUGCCAUGGCUCGCGCCUGGGAGAGUCGACUCAAUACGGGAAAGCAAAAUGCAGGUGUCUCCCAUUUUUAAGAGCUGACGGCAACCUGGAACUCGAUGAGCCUUCAGCGAGACGAUGUAUCAAGGCUAUCACCAAGCAA